ACUACAGUACCACACAGCACAGCACAGCACAGCACAGCACAGCACAGCACAGAUUUCAAGCCCAGCAGCAACACAUUCAGCAACAGCAGUCGAGGAUCAUGCACUGCUUCUAAAACAACCCAACUCCUCUUCGCUCCACUUCUUCAACUGGGUUCUGUUUUGGUUGUUGUUGUGGGUUUUUGGUGGCAUUCUGGACAGUCCCCUGAGAUGGUGCAUGUUACACUGUGAUUUCUGAAUGGGAUUAUGAUCAUCAGGCGAAGGUGACUAAUCUCCUUGUCAGGUAAAGAAGAUGUUGGGGUACUUUUUAGUUGCCAUGUUGGCAGCGCAGCUGCCACAGAGCAGUGCUCAAGGUCAGUGUAACAGCGUGCCGUCGGCAGAUGUGGUGUUUCUAGUGGACGGCUCUUCCAGUAUCGGCCGUACCAACUUCCAGCUGGUCAAGGGCUUCAUGGCAGGCCUGGUGAAGCCGUUUGCCAGUGCCGUGGGGCCGACAGGCGUGCGCUUCGGACUGGUGCAAUACAGCGAUAAUUCAAGGAUGGAGUUCUCUUUUGGGAACUUCACAUCCGGCACCCAGGUGGUGGCAGCAGUGGAAAAUGUCCAGUACAAGAGCGGAGGCACCCGCACGGGCGACGGUCUGAAAUUCGUCGUUGACAACUUCUUUAGUCCUCAGAACAUACGGGACGUUCCAAAGAUUGUCAUCGUCAUUACUGAUGGAAAGUCCCAAGAUCCUGUAGCCGAGCAUGUUGCGAAGCUGCGCAACCUCGGGGUGAAGCUCUUUGCCAUCGGUAUAAAGAGUGCGGACAACAAAGAGUUGAAAGAGAUCGCCUCCUCCCCCUCCUUCUCCGUGAUGGUCACCAACUUCAAGGGCCUCAGUCCUCUACUGACGCAAAUGUCGCCCCGAGUCUGCAGCACUGCGGGAGGAACGUUCGCUAACGAUGAGGCCGCCCAAGGCCCCUCUAACCUGCAGUUCACCACCAGCACCAUUGACUCCCUCAGCUUCCGCUGGAGCCCAGCCAACGGCCAGGUCACAGGCUACCUGAUUCAGUACACACCUAUCUCAGGGCUGGGACAGCCGGUCACUGCAGAGCUACGACAGGUAACAGUUGGACCAGAGGUGCAGACCUACACGGCACAGAGCCUGCGGUCUGGCGUAGACUACCUGGUGUCUGUCAUUGCUCAGUACCCCAACAGCGUUGGAGAAGCUAUCUCUGCUAAAUCCGGAACAAAGUCUUCUCAGGGUGUGUCAUCCCUGCGUGUGGUGCGCUCUGGUUUCUUCUCCAUCUCCCUGGCCUGGGACGCCCCGACUUCUCCGCCACAGGGCUACAGAGUCACCUAUGGCUCCAGGGCCCAACCAGCCUCCCAGCUGGAGCAGCGUCUCUCAGCUAGCGUUACCUCGAUGACACUAGAUCGCCUGCAGCCGGAUACGGAGUACGUCAUCAGCGUCCUGCCCCUGUUUCCCGGCAACACCACCACCCCUGCUAGGAUCUCCGCCAGGACAUCACGACUGGAGCCGGUGAGGCAGCUGACGGUGGAGACGGUGUCUGAGAGCAGCGUUCGCGUCAGCUGGAGACCUGCGGAGGGAGCCAGGACCUACAGGGUCGUAUGGGGACCUUUCACAGGUCGGGACGUGCAGACGCAGCAGGUGACCACCGAGUCCCACACGCUGCCCAACCUGCAGCCGGAUGUGGAGUACAUCGUCACCGUCAUCGCCCUGUACGACAACAGCACAGAGGGACCCGCCGCCACCGCUCGAUUCAAGACCGACCGCUUUGAGCAGCAGGUGCUGAGAGCAACUCCUCUUGGUCCCACCUCCAUUAGACUCACCUGGAACCUCAUACGCACCUCCAGGGGGUACAGAGUGGAGUACAAGAGAGACGGGGGCCCUGUGGAGAAAGUAUCGUUUCCUACGGCCACCACUUCUCACGACCUCACUCAGCUGCGGCCACAGACUGAGUACGUCAUCACCCUCUAUACCCUGUUCGAGGGACGAGAGGAGGCUACACCUGUGUCCACCGCACCGCCAGCUGCCAAAGUGACAGACCUGCAGGUGACAAAUGUGAACGGCCGGCGCAUCCGGAUUGCAUGGAAAGGGGUUUCCGGGGCAACAGCCUACAGAAUCACAUGGAGGCAAGGCAACACCGCGGCACAGUACCGUGAGGUUCCAGCUGAUCGCUCUUCCUUCACCAUCGAGGGCCUGCAGCCGGACGAGUAUGUGGUGGUGGCGGUUGCUGCGGUGAUCGAUGGCAGCGUGGGCGAGGCGGUCACCCUGAGCAGCCGUACGCAAGGCUACGGCAUCACGGGUCUCCGCGUCACGCAGGUGGCCACGAGGAGCAUUGCCAUCAGCUGGGGCCGCAGCCCCACUGCCACCGGAUACAAGAUCACGUGGAGACACAGCAAUGGAGCCGAGGACAGCAGGAAUGUGGCGGCCACUGUGACGUCCUACACCAUCGACGGACUGGAGGAGGGAGCAGCGUACCGCGUCUCCGUUGCCGCCCUCGUCGGGGCCAAUGUGGGAACUGCAGCGACUGUCGAUGCCAGGACAGAGGCUGGAUCUGGUGGAUCUGUGGGCUCGGUGACGGAGCUGACGGUCCUGGCGCCCCAGGACGAGGCGGUCAGGGUCUCCUGGGUAGGAGUUCAGGGGGCGACGUCAUACCGCGUCACCUGGAAGAAAACCGAAGGUGGUCCGGAGCAGAGUCGUGUGGUGGCGGGGGACGUGACGACAGUGGACCUGGAGCAGCUGGAGCGGGGCGCGCAGUACGAGGUGCAGGUGGUGGCCGUGGUGCAGAACCAGGAGGGGUCAGCCGUGUCUGUCAGGGUCAGCACGCCUGGAGUGGGUACACAGCAGCGUGUUGAGGGGCUGCAGGUGUUGGAGGUGCGGCCAGGUAUCCUAAGACUCACCUGGAGGGCCCUGACAGGAGCCACUGCAUACAGGCUCUAUUGGAGCAGCCCAGGACAACCGGAGAGAAGUCAGCUGGUGCGUAGAGAUGUGAGCUCCUAUGACCUGGAGGGACUUCGCCCUGGCCUGACCUACAGCAUCCGCCUGGGUGCCGUUCUGCCGGACAGAGAGACCGAAACCGUGACCAUCAGGGCAGCUACUACAGGAGCAACUACCGGAUCUGUGUCUGACCUAAGGGUGAUUGAUAUUACCCAGAAUUCAGUGCUCCUGGGUUGGACACCACUGACAGGGGCAUCAACUUAUAUCUUGAGAUGGAAAGAAGACAGAGACUCUGGAGAGGGCCUGUCUCAGGUGUUGAACGGCUCGGCCAACUCGUUCCGCGUGUCUGGGUUGAGACUGGGUCGCCGCUACAUCUUCUCGCUACAGCCCUCUUUCCAGAACCAGCUUGGAACCGUCACCACGGUGGAGGAACGCACAGUGUGUGUGGACGGGCGUCUGGACGUGGUGUUCCUGGUCCCUGCGUCUCAGGAGCGCUCGCGUUUCAAGGACUCUGUUCUCUCUCUGAUCUCCAGUGCUGCAGGAACAUUCACCACCAUCGGCCCACGAGACUCACAGAUGGGGAUAUUAACUUACAGUGAUGUACCGAGGGUGCACUUCCUGCUUAAUCGCCAUAGCAACAGUCAGACUCUACUGCAGGAGAUUGUGUCCACACCCUACACUGCUGGUCCUGGAAAUGCCAUAGGUGCGGCGCUGACGUACACCCAGAGGUACUUAAUGAGCGUGUCGAGUGGCCGACGACGUAUCGCAGGAGUGGUGGUGCUCAUUGCCGACGGCAGGUCUACUGACGACGCCAUCAGGGCAGCCGCCGAUCUCAGGGCCACAGGCGUAACAGUGUUGGCUUUGGGCAUGGGUCAGGCGGAUACGGAGGAGCUGCGGCGCAUUGUGACAGACGGCAGCACCCAGAACCUGCUGUUCGUGCCCGACGGCACCCAGCUCUACAGACACCACCCAGAUGUGGCAGACCUGCUCUGCGGCCUCGCCAGGGGCACCGGCAUCGUGGGCCCUGAACGUGGGCAGUGUACUGUUCAGUGUCCCAGGGGGGAGAAAGGAGAAAUAGGCCAGAAGGGUGAAGCAGGCCGUAAUGGACAGGAUGGGAGAAAGGGCGACGCGGGACGUGAUGGUAUACCAGGACGAGAGGGGCCUCGAGGACCACAGGGGCCCCCAGGAGGCGGUAGUGGGGACGCAGUUGGAGUCAGAGGAGAGAAAGGAGAGAGGGGUUUUCCAGGACUGGAUGGGAGCCCUGGCCUUCCUGGCCGCCCAGGGACUGCUGGACCCGCUGGGGCCGCGGGAUCCCAGGGCCUUCCAGGAGUCAGAGGAGAUACUGGUCCAGGAGGUGCUGCUGGGACUGAUGGUCCAAAAGGAGAGAAGGGACAAAAGGGUGAAUCGGGUACUGGAAGUGGCGUAGUAGGAAGAAAGGGAGAGCCAGGAAUCCCUGGACUGCCGGGUCGACCUGGUGCUGAUGGGGCCAAGGGUAAUUCUGGAGCAUCUGGGCAGGACGGUAAACCCGGGGUUCCCGGCACACCUGGCAUACCUGGCAAGGGUGUGAAAGGAGAUCAAGGAGAGAGGGGUCCCCCAGGAGUGGGCGCUGGAGUGGCAGCCAAAGGGGACACCGGUCCUGCAGGGGAACGUGGGCUUGCUGGCACUCCUGGACUACGAGGAAUUGCAGGACAAAAAGGAGGCAAAGGAGACAAGGGUGAAACUGGAGACGGUUUGCCUGGACCUGCUGGCAGUCAAGGAGAGCCCGGGGACCGUGGUCCCAGGGGUCCUCCUGGAGAAAGAGGCGAAAAGGGUGACCGAGGACAAGGUGGCGCACCAGGUAUCCAAGGAGAAAGGGGCGAGAGGGGUAUAGCUGGUCCUCUUGGUGAGAAGGGUGACCCUGGGAAGCCUGGUACAUCUGGACUUCCGGGACCCAGGGGACUACCAGGGCCUGCUGCAGUACCAGCAGAGAAGGGCUCUAAGGGGGAACCAGGAGAGGGUGGGGCCGUGGGUGGUAUCCUUCCAUCGAGGAAAGGAGAGCGGGGGGAGAGGGGUCUUCCUGGUACUGAUGGAGCCAAAGGAGAUAAGGGGGAAGCAGGCCUCAGAGGAGACAAAGUAAGUCCAGAAAGUCAAAGAAUGCGCGCACAUCAGUGGCACAGGUGCUGGACCAAACGUAAGAUAACUGAAAAGAAAAUAAAGGUCCGCAACACUGUUAAAUGCUCCGGACUGCCAGGUGUCGGUCUGGUUGGCCCUGCUGGUGUUAAAGGAGACGGAGGCGAUCGAGGAACACCAGGCCUGGCAGGCAGACCAGGAGCCAAGGGUGACCGUGGUGAGGUGGGAGAGUCCGGGGAGCCGGGCAGAAACGGAUCACCUGGAUCGGCAGGCCCUCGUGGGAAAGAGGGGGAGAAAGGAGACAAAGGAGAUGAAGGCACACCAGGAGAGGCAGGUUUACCAGGCAAGCCCGGAGAGCGUGGGGCUCGGGGUUUAACAGGGCCACCGGGACCACUUGGAGAGAAAGGAGACUUUGGUGACCCAGGCGAGCAUGGACGAAAUGGCAGUCCAGGCCCUCCUGGUAUCCGGGGAGUUAAAGGAGAAGUGGGACCUGCGGGUCCGCCUGGCCCGCCGGGAGUGGCUCCUGUAGUAAAUGGCACGCUGAAGCCUGAGAGAGGUGAAAAGGGUGAUGCGGGAGACCCUGGAGAGCAUGGCGGUAAGGGAGCCAAAGGAGAGGCAGGAAUACGGGGACUUCCAGGACCUCCGGGAAUUGAAGGACUGAGAGGACUAACUGGGCCCAGAGGGGAGGCAGGCGUGAGGGGAGCUCCUGGAGAAAAGGGAGAGAAGGGACCUGCAGGCGCUGAUGGACGUAACGGGGCGGAUGGAAAACCUGGGGCACCGGGAGCGGUCGGACUGCGAGGCGACCCAGGAAAACAGGGGGAUCCUGGAAGAGAUGGUCUUGCAGGUUUACGGGGACAGCAUGGGUUACCGGGACCAACUGGGCCUCCUGGUGCAGAAGGACCACCAGGGAAACCUGGAGUGGAUGGAAAGCCAGGAGAGCCAGGGAAAAUGGGAGAGGACGGAACACCAGGUGAAGAUGGAAGAAAGGGUGAUGCUGGUGAGAAUGGGCCUGCUGGACGAGAUGGACGUGAUGGUCUGAAAGGUGACAGAGGAAUCACAGGCCCCGCUGGUUUGAUCGGGCCCCAAGGCCCUCCAGGCCCAGCUGGCCCCCAGGGACCCCCUGGCCCGGUGACCUAUGUGAAGGGAGCAGACCCAAUCCCAGGGCCUGCAGGACGCCCAGGGCAACCAGGGGUACCUGGCACACAUGGAACUCCAGGAGCCAGAGGAGAAAAGGGUGAUACCGGUGGCAGAGGAGAUAGGGGGGACCCUGGAGAGGAUGGUGCUCCGGGCAAACCGGGAGCAAUCGUGGAUGUCAAGAAGGCUUUUUCAGAGUGGGGAAUUGAGAUCACUGACCUGAAGUUUGUGAUAAGCAAGAAGGACGUGAAGCCCUUGGUUCAGAAAGGCCAGGCGGGAGAGAAGGGAGAUUCUGGACCGAGGGGACCACAGGGACUUGAUGGAGCGCGGGGGCCUGCGGGGGUGUCUGGCGCUAAGGGAGACUCUGGAGAGAGGGGACCCCCGGGACCUCAGGGCCCGAUCGGCCGUGCCAUUGGGGAGCGAGGACCUGAGGGCCCCCCCGGCACAGCAGGGGAGCCCGGAAAACCAGGAAUACCCGGAGUGCCCGGACGCCUCGGGGACAAGGGCGAAGCCGGAAAACCGGCAGAGAAGGGAGACAGAGGCUUCAAGGGAGAGAAAGGCGAACCUGGACGAAUUGGACUGAACGGGACUGUAGGACCACCAGGACCGAAGGGUGAGUCUCCGCCUCCCAUGAAUGGGGUUCCGGGGCCUCGGGGGCUUCCAGGACUGCCAGGGGUCAAAGGUGACACCGGGCCCGCCGGACUGUCAGGACCCAGAGGUGAACAGGGUUUGGUUGGUAUCCGUGGUGAGAGAGGACCGGCGGGAGAGCUCGGUGCGAAGGGACGCGAUGGCUUGCCUGGACUUAAUGGUGAACCAGGAAAGCCCGGACUAGACGGAAAACCAGGUGCGCCUGGGUUCCCAGGUGUUAUUGGUCGACCGGGCAAUCCUGGAGAGCAAGGAGUUAGAGGACCAACUGGACCCGUGGGAGUCAACGGCCCUCCUGGUCCAGCUGGAGUGAAGGGUAUCCCAGGAGAACCAGGUGUCGGUGUCCAAGGUCCUCCUGGGGCGCCGGGCACCAUGGGAUUGCCGGGACCUGUAGGACCUCCUGGAGCUGUGGGGCCUCAAGGGCCAUCGGGUUUGCCAGGCCAGACGGGUGAGAGUGGCAAACCGGGCGUACCAGGACGAGAUGGCAUACCUGGAAAAGAAGGAACACCUGGACUACCCGGAAAACAGGGUAUCCCCGGGCCUUCAGGCGCCGCAGGGACGAAGGGAGAGUUGGGAGACAGUGGCCCUCCAGGAAAGAGUGUUGCUGGUCCUCCAGGCGUGAAGGGGGAGAGAGGUCUACCUGGGUUGUCUUUACCUGGCGUUGCUGGUGAGGCUGGACUCCCUGGAGGCAAGGGUGACAGGGGAGAUAAAGGACCUGCCGGCAUCAAAGGAGAGAAAGGUAUUCCUGGAGAAAGGGGAGCUGUAGGAGAAGAUGGCCUUGCUGGACCACCAGGAUUUAAGGGAGACAAAGGUCUCCAGGGCUUCGUCGGGAGGGUUGGCAACACUGGACCACCAGGGCCAGGCGGAGCACCAGGCCCUGCAGGUGAAGCUGGCGUAAAUGGUGGCAAAGGUGAUAAGGGUGACCCUGGCGUAGGCAAACCAGGCCCUAGAGGAGAGAGAGGGAUUCCUGGCCCUGCGGGUGAAGAAGGGCGACCUGGAACAGAUGGGGAGCGAGGCCUGGCGGGUCCCACUGGAAGCAGGGGCAUCAGAGGUGAUAAGGGUGACAGUGGACCUGCGGGGGACAAGGGAGAAAAGGGUGAAACCCUGCUGCUAGCUGGUGAACCAGGAGCGGCCGGGACUAAAGGAGAGAAUGGUGAUCGAGGGCCUAAAGGCGCAGUGGGAGCCAAAGGGGUCAAAGGAGAAGAGGGGCCCGCGGGACCACAGGGUAUCCAAGGAGAGCCAGGGGAGAGGGGAAACAGUGGAUUCCCAGGCGCUCGAGGACCCGGUGGACAGAAGGGUGAAGCUGGUGGUCCAGGAGUGCCAGGAGAUGCGGGGACGCCGGGCAAAGAUGGUCUGACGGGCCCGAGAGGCGAGAAGGGAGAAUUUGGUUUCUCAGGACCGCGAGGAAGCAAGGGGGACCGGGGUGGGAAGGGCGCCUGUGGAACAGCGGGAGCCAAAGGAGAAAAGGGAGAUAGUGGUCUACCUGGGAGAUCUGGAACUAUUGGAAGGAAAGGAGAACAGGGAGAAGUAGGCCCCCCAGGAGUAGCAGGAGCGUCAGGAAAAGAGGGAAUCGUCGGCCCCAAGGGUGACAGAGGAAUUGACGGUGUGUUGGGACCGAGGGGUGGCCAAGGAGAUAAGGGAGAGAGGGGGACUCCUGGCAUCCCGGGCCCCCCAGGCGGGAGAGGGGUGGACGGCCCUUCAGGACUUACUGGACCCGCGGGGGUCGCAGGAGAAAGGGGGGCAGAAGGAUUACAAGGACAGAAGGGUGAGCGAGGUCCCCCAGGUCCUUCCAUGGUGGGCCCCAGGGGUACUCCAGGCAUCCCAGGAGAGAGAGGAUUGCAGGGAGAGCAUGGGCAUACUGGACCCAAGGGAGACCAAGGAGAGCCGGGUUUAACGGAGGAUGAGAUCCGUACUUAUGUUCGCACUGAGAUGAACCAGCACUGUGCUUGUGGAGGUAAGUGCUACUUUCCAUCUCCUACUAUGCAACUGCGACUUCUGACACUCUGGUUACUCUGGUCGCUUUUCGUGUACACACAUACGGUAAGAGCUGGGUUGUGUUUAGGUUUACGUGAGUCGGAUGUUGAGGCCAGUGUCCCUGGUCAGUAUGAGGGCCGUGUCUAUGAGGGCCGUGUCUAUGAGGGCCGUCGUACUGUGCCAGCUGCGCCUUAUCGUACCCGUCCCGGUGCGCAACGCUCCUCUUCGCAGUCGGGCACAGGGGGUCGCGACCUGCGGGUAGUGAUGAACUCUAACGAUCCAGACUAUGAGCACAUCUACUCCUACGAGAGCUACGACGACCCCGAUGCAGUGCCCCCAAUUGUAGACCUACCACCUCUGGCCAAUAAGAGCAAAGAUGAAAUAACAACUUCUGGUGCCUUGAAAGUUGAGAGACAAAAAAGAGAUGCUGAAGAUCCCUGUCUGCUGCCGAUGGAGGAGGGCAGCUGUUCCCGCUUCACGCUGCGCUGGUACUUCAACAGUGUGGCGCGCGCCUGCAGACCCUUCGUCUACAGCGGCUGCGAGGGCAACGCCAACCGCUUCACAGAGAUGGAGGACUGCGAACAACACUGUCUCUGAUGAGUUGUUACAAGCAUCUGGAUAUGGCUGGCCGUGGGUUGUGUGUACAUUGAGUGCUACAUUCUAAUAUUGGUGCUAUGGAGACUGAAGGAGUGUGCAAAUUACAGCACUCAGAGAGUCCCCCAAGAACUUGUUUCGUUAUUUAUUUUUUUAUGUCUUUUUUUUUUUUUUU